CCACUUCCAAAUUCGUCAUCCUAAGUACCAAGUUUCCCACUCUUCUUUAAAAUUUUGGAAAUAUUGUGCAAUAUUACUUCUAGUUGUGGAACGUAUAAGUGUGCAAGAGUAACUCAAAAAGGUUCAAUCGUUGCUGUCUGUGCACAUAAUUUUUCAACGUGAGUGCUAAGAUGUGAAAUAAUUAGGUUCAGCGUGCAUUCCUUUCCUAUAAACUGCUCAUUUCGUACAUCUGCAUCUUCUACAAUUGACAAAGGCCACUUCAGUGGGUUACUUUCAAGACAAUGGAUGAACACACGAGUCUCGAUCCAGAGGUACGGCAGCAAAUGGAUAAGUACCAAUUCCUCGAGCUUUUACUGCUGCGAUGUCUCCCACAAGAUCAACUAGACUUCAAGCUUAUUUCCCAUGACAACAAUGUUCAUCUAAUUCUGGAUGACGAUCAGGAAACCUGUGUAAUUUGCCUUCAUCACCUUCCUGCAACUCGAAAGUUUAGCCAGCGAGAUUUCGACGAGGGAGGUUUGUUUUUGAGUAGCUGUUCAGAAUGUGUAAGCCGGAACGCUAAUUAUUUUAUUUACACAAAUUGCGCAACGGACAAUCUCAAUUUAACCGAGCUGCACGAUGACAAAUUUAACUUCCUAAAUUUCACAAAUUUGCGCAGUGUUGUUACGGGUGGAGAAGGCUGCGUUUUUAUUGAUCAAGUGCCUUCAAAUUUACGUUUAAGUAAUAGUCGAGCUUUACAGGUAUUUGCUAGUCACUACAAUCUUGGGUCGUUUCAUUCCCAGUAUAUUUUAGACCGAUUUUACGCUUAUGUUAAAGAAAGUGAGAAUUUUACCAAGGAAGAGGCGAAAUGCGCUUUGUUAGAGUUAUUUAUAUGCAAGUACAAAGUAGAUUUAGCGUUUGAUAUUGACAGUUGGAAGUGUAACGAUUUUUGGAAUUCUGUCACUUGUGGUGAAUCAUUUGUUUUUGUCAAUUCCAAUUUUGUAAGUGACACAUUUUUAAAAGCACACACUAUUGGUGUCAUUGCCAACUUCGGUGAUGCAUCCGAGUUGGCUUACAAGAAGUUGUGGUUCACUGGACAAAUUUCCUUGUUAACUUUGGCAAGAACAUCGGAUGAUGUGAACAGUAUUGUUAGUAUUGUAGAGGCUGCUUCUGGUAAUAUAAGGGUUACUGUGUUAACAGUGGCUGAUCAUUGUGACACUGUGUUCCACUUGGAUUAUGACCAUGUAAGGCAGUUGUUGGGGUGUAAAGUCAGCUUGCAAGGGAAGUUUUUGGCCAAUUUGGGAGAUUUGGUGGAUCCCGCAUUGUUGAGAUCGUUGCAUGCUAGUGAUAUUAUUAGUUUAAUUACGAACAAUUUUGUUAUGGACUAUUAUUAUAAGGAGCUACCUCCUUAUUUUAUCGAAAGGUCAUUUUUGAAAAUCAUUCUUCGACUGGAUGUCGUUAACGACUUGAGGAAUGAACUGUUCGUUGUGAAAAAUGAAGGGGGUUCCGUUAAUCUGCCGUUAAGAACUUUAAAAUGUUUGCCCAAUGUGAUUGUUGACACAGAUGAGCAUGGUAUGAUCGAGAAGGCGCGAAGUGAAAAUCGUUCGGUACACUUUGUAGUGUCGCAUGGGGAGAAUUGGUUGGAGUGGACCGGCUCUUGGGGUUGUGUGGAAAAGUUACGCCAGUUUGAAGCAUCACAAGAAUACAAUUUGACGUGUGAUUUUCGUCAUUUAGUCGGCAACAAGCAUAGUGUACACAUCAUCAUAGAUUCAUCAAUGGGAAAAUCCACUUUGCUGGAUUAUAUUGCGCUGAGUGUACCUGAGGAGUGGGUGAUCACCGUCGACUUACAACAGUACAUUUUCAAUCACAAACCUACAUUAGACCACGUAUACCAGUUAUUCAAGCAAGAGGUUAAAUCAGAACUGGCACAGAAGAUUUUUAAACAAUUUGUCGAUUCGAAAAAAAUUCAUUUACUUCUGGACCGGUAUGAUGCAAUAGCUCACACGCAUUUUAAUGAGGUUGUCGAAUUCCUUGAAUUCCUGCAAAGAAACAAUUUGAACACAUGGUUACCGGUACGUCCCAAUAAUGCUGUGCAGCUUACAGAACGUCUUGGUACCAUUGCGACGGUCACAAAACCAUUCAGUGCCCAAAAUCAGCAUGAUUUUUUAACCAAGUAUUUUAGCCAAUUUUGUAACCGUAAUGUAGCUACCAAUGAUUUUGUAAAUACUCUACUAAGGGUUGUUAGAACAAAAAUUGACGCAUUUCUCGAUUCCCCUUUGUACCUAAAGUUUAUUGCUGACAUUUACACUGAGAGGUUUAAACACUUUUGUGUGACUGGCGGAUUGCGAAUCGAAGAGGAAUUUGUUUUGCUUAAUUUUUUUGACGAAUUUUUGGCAUGGUAUCUUACAUAUCUCGUUGACAAACACGGAUAUUGCAAAACUAAGAUUCUUCCCCACCUGUUUGGCUUAGCAUUUCAAAGCGUGUUUGACGAGAGCGACUUGCACGGCUUCGAUUAUGUGAAGGUCCACAUUCUACAGGAGCUUGUGGCAACAGAAAGCGAUUUUCCUUACCCCAUCUUCGUACAUUACGUGAUCGCAAAGUGGAUGGCCGAAAACGUUCACAGUAAUUUGGUAAAAGUCUUCAAUCAGAAACGAUCUCGCUACAUGGAAAAGUAUGCCAACAUAUUUCGAAUGUUUGAUCUAAUGUUGGCGAAGAAUUUUCCACUACAUACCGCAUUGAUCCAAGGUAAAAUUGACGAGGUAAUCUCAUCCCCGACUUUUCAAUUUAAUGAAACUGAUGGAGGAGGCCGCAACAUCGUGCACAUUGCUGCAUUGUAUGGAGUCCCCCACCCAAAAACUGACAUAAUUCGUAAUAUUAAUAUUGAGGACAAUUUUGUGAGUAUCGUAAGGUUAGCAGAUACGAAGGCGCUCAAGGCCACCGACACGCUGUUAGAAUAUUCUCCACUCGAGUAUGCAAUUAACAGUAGUUGUUUAGCUGUUGCAAAUGCAAUCUGCGAGAAGGCGCCACAUUUGACGAACAAUGCAUAUAUAGAUCUAGCUGAACUGGGGAAUUAUAUCAAUUACUGUGGUCACGUUACUGAUUACAAACACUUAUUCAAAACCCUACUUAAAUACAUCAUUUGCGUCCGGGUGACUGUCGAACAAUUGAGAGAAAACAAUAGGUUUGAUGUGGUGGUACAUCACUUGAACCUUAAUGAAGUUACGGAACAGAAUUUCGAACACUACCUCUCGAGCUACGACGUGAGGACCCUAAGUCACCUAAUGGAGAAACUCGAAUUAAAAAAAGUGGGCGCCAAGUUCUUCGCACAUCUACAGCUGGCUGCUGCCUUUGGUAACAAGCAAAAUAUCCUGGACCUGUUGAAAGAUGGCGCCAUGAUCAACAAUUUGGGUAACGGUUCCUAUACUCCUCUCCAUGCAGCUGUAAUGAAUAAACGCAUGGAUAAUGUUGACACGCUUCUAGCGGCUAGGGCUAAAAUAAAUAUAACCGACGCUCUUGGCAAUACUGCACUACAUAUAGCCUGCCAAAAUUUUGGUACGCCUCUCGUAAGGAAACUGAUAUCGAAAGGCGCAGAUAUUAGCAUACAAAACAAGGAAGGCGACACUCCCUUUCACCACGCGUUAAAGCACCACUGUGAGCAGAGCGCCGAACUAUUCCUGCCUGACAAAUACUACUCGCUGUUUUUCUCGCCUCAGACCAGUAUAUCUCGGGACCGAUGCCUCGACGUAAAUAUACCAAAUAAAAACGGAGACACCCCCUUACUGUUGGCGCUCCAGUACAACUGUACCAAUAUCGUCAGAGAGCUACUGGAAUAUCAUGCCGAUGUCCACGUUGUAAAUAAAUCCGGUAACUCUUGUCUGCACUACGCUGCGAAAACGGAUGAUUACAAAACCACCUUGGAAUUGAUACACUAUCGCGUUAAUGUAAACCAAACCAACAGCGAUGGCGAAACACCUCUUCUUUUAGCUUUGAAAUCUGAACGCGUAAGAAUAGCAACGUUGCUGCUUUCUAGGGGAGCUAGAGUGAAUGAUUCGGAUAAGUUGGGCAUGUCCUGCUUGCAUUAUGCGGCCCAAUGCGGCCUAAACAACGUGGUCGUAAACCUGUUGGACAAAUCUUCCGAUAUUGAUAAACAAAAUAAUGAAGGCGAAACACCAUUGAAAUUGGCGCUAGUGUCGCAACAUUUAAAUACGGUGUUGCUGCUAUUAAACAGAGGUGCAAAUCCCAAUAUUACAGAUCACAGCGGAUGCAAUGGUUUACAUCACGCGUCAAACUACUCUCUGAGAAGUGUGGUAACAAGUUUGAUAGCAAAUGGUUGUUUAGUUAAUCAUGCCAAUGGCGACGGAGACACACCACUGAUUACGGCCAUUAACAACGCAGCAAUUGGUAUUGUCGGGCUUUUAAUAAAAAAUGGUGCCGACGUUAAUGUGGUGAAUUCGAAUGGACUCUCAUGUUUGCAUCUCGCUGUGACAUUGCCGACUUUAGUAGAGGAUCUCCUUAGACUAGGUCUUGAUGUUAAUAAAGGAGACAAUAAUGGCACAACGCCUCUUAUGGUCGCGAUAGAAAGGCAAUGUGAAGUUGUCAUUAAGAUCCUAACUGCGAAUGGCGCUGAUAUUUUUGCGGAAAAUAAAUGGGGACUUUCAGCUAUCCAUUACGCAGCUCAGUAUGCACAAGAUGGCUUGCUACUUGAAUUGAUUGACAAAGGUGCGGAUGUCAAUAAGAAAAACCACAACGGAGAAACCCCCCUCUUAGUCCUCCUUAAACAUUGGUACGUGAAACGUAGCACUACAAAGAUACUCCUUGAUAAUGGAGGCGAUACCACUGUAAUUGACAAUGAAACCGGAAACUCACUAUUACAUUUAGCCGCGGAGAAGGGCUACGAUGAAAUUGUAGAAAUGCUAUUCGGCACAUCCGCUAAUAUUAACUUGCAAAAUAACGAGGGGGAUACGCCGUUACAUUUCGCGAUCAAAAGGGGGCGUACUGGCAGCAUAAAUCAACUGCUCCUAUCCAAGGGAGCGGAUCCUAACAUUACAGAUCGCAACGAUAAUACCUGUUUACAUAGUGCCAUUAUGGUGGGCGUUGAUGAUGAUCUAAUUACACUCUUGCUUAAAAAUGGUGCCAACGUUAACGCUAUAAAUAACCAUGGAGACACCCCGAUUUCGCGAGCUCGCCGCUUAGGACACGGCAAUAUACUUUCCAUAUUGUCCACUAAUACUGUUACGGAUGAUGAUCCCACGGCUCUAUUUUCCGCAGUAAAAAAUGGAGAAAUCCACAUUUUUAAAAAUCUUUUUGAUGUAAAUAAACGAGAUGGAAAUACCCUACUUAUGCUUGCAUUGAAACAGUCUCAGAUCGGAAUUGUCGAUUACCUCCUGUCGUCGGACAUUGAUGUAAAAACCCCGAAUGAUUCGGGACUCACUUGUCUGCACCUCGCCGCCGAACUUGGUGAUGCCAGAAUUGUCCGUCAACUUCUCUCGAAAGGCUGUGAAAUCGACGCCGUUAGUGUAGCAGGCGAUUCACCUCUACUUCUCGCGGUAACAUCCAAUCGUUUUCACAUUGCUCAAUUGCUACUUGACCAUAAUGCGAGCACUGACUUACCAUCAAGCGACGAUCACGGAUCAUGCUUGCAUGCUGCCUGUACCUAUGGCUCUAAUGAGCUGGUGUCACAAAUACUGCAACGCGGCGGUGACGUAAAUCAAUUGAGUAAAUCUGGUUCAACUCCUCUAUUGCAAGCGCUUACCAACAACCACAGGCAGGUUGCGAUAACUCUAAUACAACAUGGCGCGGAUGCCAAUUUGACAACCGAAUGGGGAUGGUCUUCUCUUACUUCUGCUGCGGAAUCGCAAUAUCUUGACGUUAUCAACUUACUGUUAGACAAAGGAGCCCAAAUAGACUAUUUAGAUGGUUCCAACACCGCUUUGAAAUAUACGAUAUCAAACCAAAAAAGAGAAGCGGCGAAAUUACUGCUAUCUAAAGGGGCCAAUGUUCACCUGGGGGACGAAUGGAAUGGCUACCCUCUCCACCAUGCAGCCCAGUACGAAAUGGAUGACAUUGUCUCGUUAAUACUAGACGAAGGUUUUGAUAUUAACAAAAAUUCUGAAUACCACGAUACGGCGCUAUUUGCGGCGGCUUCCAGAAAAAAUUUUACUACAGUCAAACUGCUGAUGUCGAAAGGAGCACCUAUCGACACGUUCAAUGGCAAUCUCACCUCCUUUCUGGGAGUGGCAGCCGAGAAUGGUUGGGAGGAACUCGUUGCUGAGCUGAUAGCGAGCGGUGCCGAUAUCCAUCAUGAAAACCACGAUCGUUUUACUCCAUUACGCUUAGCCAUGGAUAGUUCUCAGGUGAACGUCGUAAAAUUGAUAUUCGCAAAGAUUAUAUCGCAAGGACGCACAGACCGCCAGUACUUACACUGUGCCGCCGAAUUUGGGGACAACAAAAUUGUAUCUGCCCUUUUACAUAACGGUUAUGAUAUUAACGAGUUGAAUUCUAACGGUGAAACUCCCUUACUGUUGGCGUUAAAGAGGGAGAAAUUGAACACUGCUAAACUCCUGUUGGCCGAAGGAGCAGAUUGUCACGAACACACAUCGGACAGUUGUUUGCAUUACUUUGCCCAGUUCGGUUGGAAUGAAAUGGUGUCGAAAAUGUUGCAGGAAGGUUGUGACGUUAACAUUAAGCAACAAGACGGCGCAACUCCAUUACUUUUCGCUGUGCAAUACCAAAAUUUCUCAACAGUUCAGUUAUUGCUAUCUCACGGUGCUGACCCCACUUCGCCGACCACCUACGGUAGAACGCCUUUAUACUGCGCCAUAGAAAAUAAUUGCAAACGUACAUUGAAAGCAUUGCUUGAUAAGACUGACAUCCUCAAGAGCACGAAAGCCAUUACCUCCGCCAUAUUUACCUCGAUGGAUUGGAAAUGUUUCGCCUUGACCGAAAUAUUGAUCGACUACAGCGACUGCACCUCCGAAAAUGAAACUGGAGAAACCAUGCUUUUUGUCGCCGUCAAAAAUGGGUGCGAAAAUCUAGUGCGGCAAAUCCUAGCAAAGGACAGAAACGUGAACGAGAUUAACUCGAACGGUAACACUAUUCUGAUGGCAGCGGUGGAGAAUGGAAACGUAAACAUGAUAACGUUGUUACUGGAAUAUGGAGCCGAUCCAAAUAUCGUCAAUAAGACGGGAAAUUCCUGUUUGCAUUACGCCGUGCGUUGCUCCGAAGAGGUACUGUUUCUCUUUGUAGAACGUUGUGCCCUUAAUUUGAAGAACGCUGACGGGCUUACGCCGUUAUUGUACGCUCUGGAAGAAGCUUACACGCAUUCUGCACAGUUGCUAAUCGCCUACGGUGCCGAUAUACAUAUUGAAGAUGCUGGGGGUAAUAGUUCUAUUCACUACGCUGUUAAGGUGGGCGCAGAAGAACUUGUAAAGUAUCUGAUGGAAGCUGGACUGGAUAUACACAAGAAAAAUGCGCAAGGCGACGACUGCUUAGAUCUGGCUAUAAGCAAAGGUUACGUGAAUAUCAUAAAGUUGUUGGUGUCUUCUGGCGCCAACGUCCAUCAAGUGAACCGCUUCGGAGAAAACUGUUUAUUAAAAGUUGUCGAAGAGAACAACGACUAUGUCGUCGACUUAUUAGAGAAGGGUAUUAAUAUUGACCAGCAGUCGAAUACAGGCUUUACCCCAUUCACGAUGGCCUUAGAAAAGGCCAGCACGACAUAUGCGAAGAUGAUGCUAGCAAAAAAUGCCGAUGUUCACAUCAGAAAACAAUGCGGUUCCAAUUUGCACUUUGCAAUCUCCCAAAACGUCGACGUCAUCGGUGACUUACUAGACCUGGGCAUGGACAUCAACGAACAGGACCAACAAGGCAAUACUCCCCUUCUUCUAGCCCUCGAUUCCGGCUUGAACGAUAUCGCAAAACUUCUAUUGGAAAGAGGUGCCAAUGUGCACAUUCGGGAUAAUGCCUACGAUUCCUGUCUGCAUAACACAAUUCCCAAAUGCGAUGUUGCAAUUCUAUCAACGCUAAUUGACAGAGGUGCAGAUGUCAACUGUAGGAAUUUAUCGGGUGAAACUCCCUUAUUAAAGGCGCUGAAAUGUGAAAAACUACAACAUGCUAAAGUGCUACUGGAAAAAGGUGUGGCAGAUUAUGAAGCAUUCGAUAACAACAAUGGCUCAUGUUUAUUUUACGCCGCCAAAGCUGGGUAUGAAGAUUUAGUUUGUCACUUCAUAUCGAAAGGGGUUAAAAUUGAUCAGCCUCACUAUGACGGUAAUGCAUACCUAGCCGCGCUUAGAGAAAAACACUUGAAUGUAGUGAAGGUGCUGAUUGACAAUGGAGCGGAUAUUUGGUGUCGUACAAACUAUGACACUUGGCUAGAUUUAGUGGUGCAUCUGAAUGAUACAGAUGUUCUCGAUAUGCUACUAGCAAAGGGCAUGGAUAUUAAUUAUCGAUUAUCCGAAAGCGAACCGCUUAUUAUUGCUGCUUUGAGAGAGAAGUGCAGGAAGGCUGUCGACUAUUUAAUUGCAAAAGGAGCGGAUCUUCACGUAGUUAGCUACGAAACUGGAAACUCCUGCCUGCACUACGCCGUAUCGGCAGAGUACGAAGAUGUGACCAACCUUCUUUUAGACGAAGGGUUAGACAUAAAUCGCGAAAACAACGAACGUGAAACUCCCCUACGUCGUGCGUGUAUUGACAAACACGCCGGUAUGAUAAAACUACUGCUGUCACGCGGAGCGUCGCUCGAUGAGGGAAAUUUUAGGUUUUCGUACAUGCAUUAUGCCGCCGAAUUGGGCGACGAUGCCAUUGUUACCGAUUUGAUACAGAAGGGGGUCGAUUUAAACGCGAUUAACCGUGACGGUGAUACGCCUUUAUUCCUAGCGGUUUUAUGUAAGAAUGUAAGCACCGUAAAGUUAUUACUCGAACAUGGUGCCGAUUAUAAUAUAACAAAUAAAAAUGAUCGUAACUUGUUACAAGUUGCAAAAAGCAUUGCCGAUGACGCUGACGAUUUGAUAGACGAAUUCGUUAAUCUUGGUCUUUUAGAUAUCGAAUUGUAGUACUUAUAAACAAAUUAAAAUACAUGUUUAGUGUAAUGGCUGUGUAUUAAUUGAUAAUAACGUUAUAUUUUGUUUUGUAUUUCUUGAAAAAAUAUAUUUUAUACAAGUUUGUCUCUUAUUUAAUGUAGUGGGUUUCAUCCCCACCUCAAAUCACCAACACAUACUUCGUACGUAAAUAAGUGACUUAUCCAGACGUUACACAUGGCGGAUUUGGUAACGAUUAGGAUGGAUCCUUUUUAGCAUCAGAACACACUCGAGAGUGAAGUUUGCUUCAAUACAGUGUAACAUAGUAGUUAAUUAAUUAUAUUAUAGCAAUGGUCGUAUCUGCGAGCUAGCUGGGGUAGGAGAUGGAGCAAGACUGUCAAUUGACAAUAAGUCUUACUUGGUGAUGCACAUUUGAAUAUCUUAUUCAAUCAAAGGGUUCCAUAAUAGUACGGUGCAAUUAGUCGAAAAAACGGCUUAACCUCAACAUCCAAAGUAAAAGUUUCC